ACUUUUCUGUUCUCAGACACUUAUCUGGCCAACGCGCAACGGUAUUACGUGCAAUCGUCUCAGUGCGUCUACAAGGCCGACGGGACGCCCUUGAUGAAGAGGUAUUACCCGUGCCAUAAGUGCGGCAAGUCGUUCACGCGCAAGAACAACCUGUACAAUCACCUCAAGUUCCAAUGCGGCCAGCUGCCCAAGUUCAACUGUCCCUAUUGCACGUAUCGCACGAAGCACUCGUCGAACGUGAGGUCUCACGUGCGCAGAAUACAUCCCGACCAGCAAGUCUACGUUCUCGACUUGCGCAUGAAGCAGGAAAAUCAAACGAGAUGAGCAUCGCGAACUGCACUUCACGCAGGAAGAGAUUACGACAUUCCAUCGGCUGCAGUCCAUCCUUUCGUGUAUCCUGAACGAGACAGCCGCGUGACCGCGACGUUGAUCGAUCGAGCAAUAGCUUCCAUUUUUAGACGCUUUAUUAUUUUGACAUAUUUUUAUCUUUGAUCUUUGAAGUGUUUUUUUUUCUUUUGUUUUUUCGU